AUGACUGACCACCUCUCUGUAUUCCAGGUUGAGGCGUUACUGCUGGAGAUGCAGGACGUGGAGGCAGGACUGAAGACUCACACCCAGCGCCUGAUGAUCACCACCAUCCCUCAUGCAAUCACAGGUCACGACAUCCUGGAAUGGCUGAUUCAGAGAUUACAGAUUGGAGAUGAAGAGGGGCAGCAUCUGGGCAAUCUGAUGGUGAAAUGCGGCUACAUCUACCCCCUGCAGGAGCCCUCCAACCUCGUCCUGAAACCAGACACCAGUCUGUACCGCUUCCAGGUCUGGGGGUGCACACGGGGUGUAUGUGGUGAAGAUGGGGCACAGGACCGGGGGAAGGGAGUAAUGAUGGAGUGCUGGGUAAGGGGAGAGGGAGAAGGUGGAGAUGAAG